GACUACUGGGACCAUAACAACAAACAUGCGGGCGGUUGUACGUGCCUUUAACUCUUAAUGACGGAUGCAGAGGAAAAGGAGGAGGGAGAAGGAAGGGAGGGAGGGACAAAACACCCAGGUAAAGUCGCAGCUUCUCCAGUUGCAGAACGCUGGGAGAAACCUGCAGAAACUAGUCGGAGUCCUUGGGAUUUACGAAGAUGUUUGAUUCGACAGCCGUGUUUUCCUGAUCCGAGUUUUUUUGUUAUUGUGUUCGAGAUAAAGCUCCGAGUCGAUUUCAUUCAAGGAUCCUCGCCAACAACAAAAUAAACAUUUGAGACUUUGAUGCUGCAUUGCAUAUACUUGGACAGACUGCAUGCAAGACGGGAGUGCGAGCGGCAGCCACGCUGACCCGUGUCACUUUCACUGGGCAGUUUCAGGGCUCAGUCACCUGGCCGAGAUGAACUCCGGGGAUGCCAAAGAUUACCUCUACAAGCGGGAGAUACCUCUGCUGUUCGAGAGCAUGUUGACAGGACUGAUGUACUAUCGGCCUGAAGACCCAAUAGAAUAUCUGGAGGGAUGUUUGCAGAGAGUUCGGGAGCUCGGAGGCCCAGAGAAAGUGAAAUGGGACACCUUCAUCUCACAAGAACGUCGACCAUUACCCCCCAUCAAUGGCGGGCAAGGAAAGAAGCCAAUAUUUCGUACAGAGCUGGGAGUGGCUCCCCAUCGCCGCUAUGAUCGUCUGCCUCCAAUCCAAGCCCAAUUUUCAAUCGAGAGUGACUCGGAUAUGACAGAAUCAUCAGGGCUGAUUCAAGAAUAUGAGGUCUUCGACCCAAGCAAACCAAGGCCCUGCAUUAUUUUUGUUAUUGGUGGCCCUGGGAGCGGAAAGGGCACGCAGAGUGCCAAGAUGGCCCAGCGUUAUGGAUUUGAGUCUGUUUCGGUGGGAGAGAUCUUGCGUCGACAGAUGCUGCACCGCGCCACCAGCGAUUGCAAGUGGGAGCUCAUCGCGCAGAUCAUCGCCAAUGGGGAGCUGGCACCUCCGGAAACGGCUAUUGAGGAGCUGAAGCACCAGUUCAUGAAGCACCCGGAUGCAAAAGGUUUUAUCGUGGAUGGUUUUCCCAAGGAGAUCAGCCAGGCCUUCACAUUUGAAGAACAGAUUGGCUCUCCGGACUUGGUGCUUCUCCUGGCUGCUCCAAUCACCCGGUUGCGGCAGCGGCUGGAGAGACGAGCUGUGCAGCAAGGUCGGCUAGACGACAACAAUCAUGCCAUCGGCGCCAGGGUCGAGACCUUCAAACAGAACAUCAACCUGAUUGUGAAGUACUACCAGGAAAAGGAGCUCAUUGUUCGGUUGGAUGCUGAUCGUGAAGAGGAUGAAAUAUUCAAUGAUAUCAAUGCUGUGGUUGUGGAGAGACUGUUCUCGACAGGAAGAUACGAGGCAGCUGCUGAGGAGACGCUACAGCUUACCGACAAGGCCACGAGACUACAGGAUAGGCCGGAGCCACUUGUUCAGUCUGAGGGACCUUUGGCCACAGAAGAUUUCACAAUGUCAGACAAGCUGAAGGGAUGCAAGAUUAUCUUUGUUGUCGGAGGGCCUGGCUCUGGUAAAGGCACUCAGUGUGAGAAGGUCGUGCAGAAAUACGGUUACACUCACCUGUCCACUGGAGACCUGCUGAGGGCAGAGGUCAGCUCUGGCUCAGAAAGGGGGAAGACUCUCCAUGCCAUCAUGGAGAAGGGGGAGCUGGUCCCUCUGGAAACUGUGCUGGAAAUGCUGAAAGAUGCUAUGAUUGCCAAAGCAGAUGUCUCGAAGGGCUUCUUGAUCGACGGCUACCCUCGGGAGGUGAAGCAGGGAGAAGAAUUCGAGAAGAAGAUUGGACCUCCUACCUUGCUCUUGUAUAUUGAUGCUGGGAAAGAAACAAUGGUCAAACGCCUCCUGGAGCGCGGUAAAACCAGUGGGCGCGCUGAUGACAACGAGGAAACCAUCACAAAACGUCUGGAGACGUAUUACAAAGCAACGGAGCCUGUCAUCAACCACUAUCAAAGCAGGAACAUCAUCAAGAAGAUAAACGCAGAGGGCACAGUGGAUGAAGUCUUUGCUCAAGUUGCAGCUGCCCUUGAUGCGUUAAAGUGAUUGGAAGACUAAAGUGUUACAACAAUACCCCUCCUCUCCCCUUGCUCCCUAACAAAGCCUUUAUCCCCUGGUUUAAUUUUCAACCAAUCAUGGACAAAUGUUAAAAAGAGAGAAGCAUUAUUGGUUAAGGUGGCUGGCAAUCCAAGAACUUUUCAUCUGAGAAGUUGUUUGGACCCAUUUCUGCAUCGUAUGCUGUCACUAUCAGUGUUUGGGGUCACUGGGUAUCCAAUGAAAUUGUAUCACCAACACCAGGCUGUGGAACACCAUCUGUUGAAUAGAACGGGGCUUAGCACCAUCUGAUGUCAAGAUGAACCCACCACAAUGAGCAACAAUCCAAUCCCAGAUCUCAUUGCUUUGCAUUCCAACGUCCUACAUUGAGCCAGAAGAGAAAUGAGUCCAAAUGUGUCACAGGUAUUUUUAUGAAACUGAUAGUUUAUCUGUCAAGAAGUAUUAACAAAAAAAUAUCAUCACCAGCCAUCAUUUGGCCUCUCCAACCCAAGCAAGACAGGAUGCUGUGGGAUUGAGGUCACUUUUGGGUAUCUUCUGUAAUUGAUGUUAUUUUUGGCUCAUUAGGAAGCUGUGAUUUCUAAGCCAGGAAUGCACUUAUAAUUUAGUGUAAAACUGGCUGAGAAUGAAAAACUGAUCUCUUUUCUUCAUCGGCAGUGAAUAAAAGCUUUGCACAAAUUAGCUUUCAUAUGAGCUCUGGAUCUGGCAGCUACCAGCGAAGGCUUUUUAGUGCGUUAGCUACGAUGGGGUAAAAAUUCAACCUCUGUCACUUGUGAUAACCUUGUGACUUGUAACGUGUGUGUGAUGUACUCUGCUUCCAAAAUUAACGUCAGUGAACUGCAUUUCGGAACCAGGGUGCUUGACACAUGAACCACAAUAUCAAAGGUUUAGCACAUACAGAGAAGGAAGUCCCGCCCCUUGUAUCCUUACAAUUAACUUGACAUUUACCAUACAAAACGUUCUCAAACACCUAGGAUGGUUUUGAUUGGAAUAUUUAACCCAAAUAGUGUUAACCAUUUGGACACAAUGUGCCUUGUGUCUUUUCUAUUUCCAUUUAUUUUAAUUUCAGUAUGUAUAUUUAUUUCAUCUGACAGUCCUAUCCUCUUAAAAGAUCACUCUCCUAACACUCCCAUUCUUCCCUUCAGAUGGGAGAAAUUGCCCCUUAACAAACUGAUGGGUUUUCAUUGGUUAAAGGUUGAUUUUAUGUAUGAGACACCCAGAUAAUCCAUACCUAUGAACCAAAGACAAAUGCCCAAUCAGGCUAAUCAGUGAUCAGUUAAAAUAUGAGGGGACUUUGCUGAGACGGCCUGUCCCAGAGCCCAAGACCAGCCAGACAAUUCAAAGUUGACUUAGGAAACAAAGGAACAGAGGUUGGCUGUUCAGCCCCCCGUAACCUGUUCCACCAUUCAGUAAAAAUCUCUAUCUUAUUGCCAUCCACCUGCCUUGGCUCCAUAUUCUGUCCUAUUCUUGUGACUUUCAUGUGAAGUUCCACAGUAAGUUCCACACUGUCCCAGUUAAAAUACAAAUCCCCUCAACUUUAACAAAAGAGACCUCUCUCCAGCUUUUGUGAGUUUGUACUUAUAGUCAGUAUUCUACAGAUGAUCAUCCUUCCUGUCUUCCCAGAUCUGUACUCCUCACGACCACUCCUGUCUGUUACUCCACUGAAGAUUCAAAGUUAGCGCUCAUUUUAAAAAAAUAACCAAAAUCUUGACUUUAUAAUGGUGACUUGUAUUAGUAACCUGCCUGCGAAAUUCUGGGGCUAGCUAUUAUGAAAUCCAGUUGCAGUUUAUCACUACCUGUGAUAGCAUGCUCUCAGAAUCAGUUUCAGGAAACAAAACCUGACAGCCUUAUUGAAGAGUGGGCACAGUGUCUCAGAGCGUUGUGGUCUGCAUAAUCUUUUACAUAGAAGAGUUGUAUCUGUUACAGUAUUUGCAGUCUUGAUAUGUCUUUGCCAUGUGAAUUCCUGGGGACAUUUGACAGCUGCAGUCUCCUAACUAGCAUCACCUUCUCUCUGUUUACUCUUGAAGUGGAUGCAUAUUUGUACAUUUCUUGUGCAGUAUUUUAAUGAACAAGUUGGUGAAGGUGGGGGAGGGAAGGGUUCUUAGUUUCUGAUCAAAAUUAAACACAAUGUUUAUUUUCCAGUAACAUGCUGUAUGCUGUUGAUAAACGAAGAUUUUGCUCUUUUUGUACAAAUUUUCUUUGUAUUCAUUCAAUCUCCAACUAAUGCCCUUGUUAUAGUUGUUAAGAACUUCACAAUAGCCCAUCAAUGUGUUUGUUGAUCACCAAUAUUACACAUGUAUCCAAAGCAAUGAUGAUUCAUAAAAGUUGUAGCCAACUGUAGAUACUCGAUAUAUUUUAGCUGUCUCUUUCUGUUGACAACCAAAUCAGCAAUAUUGUUCUUUUAAAGCUGUCGCAAACCUAAACUUGUACCAGUAUUUAUUGGAGCCUCAACUGAUGGGUGGAUUGGAGGAGGUGACUGAAUGUAAAUUUAAUAAAACAGAACUGACCUCA